AUGCAGCCAUAUGAUGUUUGCAUGGAUACUAACGGCACGCUGUGGGUGGUGGGGGAAGGAGAGACAGCUGACCAUGUUGUACAGUACAGCACGGACGGGACCGCCAUGGCGGGGUUUAACCUUAAGAAGAGCAUUUAUUUCCGCGGCAUCGCAGUGGACAUGCGCACUAACCACAUCCUGGUGACUGAUGCAGACCAAGGUGAAGUUGAGGUGUUCCGUCCGGACGGCUCCCUGGUGCGGACAGUCCGGCAUCCACGGGGUGAGAUGACACGCCCAACGUACAUCACUGUGGACGGGGAAGGGAACUUUCUUGUGUCGGACUGGGACACUCACUGUGUCUACGUGUAUGACGAGUCCGGGAAGUUCCUGUUCCAGUUUGGAGGGGAGGGAAGUGGUGAAGGUCAGCUGACUGGUCCCGCAGGCAUCUGUACAGACAGCUCGGGGCACAUCCUCGCGGCAGACUAUGACAACAAAAGGGUUCAGAUCUUCACACGUCACGGCAAGUUUGUCCGAACCUUCCGUACUAGGUUUAAGCCGAAUGGCCUGACUGUGGGACCGGAAGGGCAGCUGGUUGUGACCAGCCAUAACCACACUGUGACUGUAUUUCCUAACUACUGAGUUCCUGACCACUGAGUUAGAUCUUUGAUAAAGAUUGAAUGUUGACAGGACUUACCCAUUCUAACCGAUUAUCCGGUCUACUUCGUGAUGACUGAUGAGGAACGGAUGGACGGGGCGGAGGGCGGUACCGACUUCCUACGACCUUUGACCCAUCGCUCAGGCAAUACUUUUGGAAAAUCACGUGUUCUCAGAAAUUGAGUCCUACUUCUAUCUGUUCCCAUCUGUUUCGUCAGUCAUCCUGAAGAAGACUUGAGGAUUCGGUGAUUCCCGAAAGCUCAUUUUGUUAUCCAUCUUCAUAUUGCUUCAUUCCAGUAC